AUGGCGAAUCUGACCUUAGAGCUCAACAUUUACUCUGCAAAAGAUCUCGAAAAUGUCAACCUUAUCACAAAGAUGGACGUAUACGCCGUCGUUUCGAUCAAAGGCGAUGAUUCCCUGAAGAAUCACAAGGAGAAAACCGACGUUGACCGAACCGGAGGAUCUGAACCAACGUGGAAUCACGCCGUUAAAUUCUCCGUCGAUCAAAGGUUAGCCCGUGAAGGCCGUUUGACCCUCGUCGUGAAACUGUUCUGCGAUCGGAUCUUCGGUGGUAAAGAUCUCGGAGAAGUACAAGUCCCGGUUCUUGAGCUUCUCAAUUCGUCGCCGUCAUUUAACGGUAACGGGAACGGUCAGGGGAUGAGAUUCGUGACUUAUCAGGUGAGAACUCCGUCUGGGAAAGGUCAAGGCUCGUUGACUUUUUCGUACCGGUUUGAUAUGCCGUCGUUUAAACCGGAUCUACCGGUUUACACGAAUCCGAUCGAUGCACGGCCUGAUUUCCCGUCGCCGACUUAUCCUCCGACGUCUGAAGCUGGUUUGUAUCCACCACUGUCGUCAAUUGGAUAUCCUCCGUCGUCUCAGCCACAAGGAUAUUCCGCACCGCCGUAUCCGUACCCAUAUCCGUAUCCAGACCGGUACGAUUCUCCUUACCCGGAACAGCCGGCGACCACUUACCCACCGUCUCCCUCCGGUUCGAAUUACCCACCGUCCCAGUCCGGUUCGAAUUACCCACCGUCCCACUCUAGUUCGAAUAACUUACCGUCCCCCUCCGCCUCGAAUUACCCACCGUGUACCUCCGACUCGAAUAUCUAUCCACCGUCGUCUUACGGUGGUUCUCCGCCGCAUCAUCAGUAUUUGUAUCCGCCUCCUCCUGAUAAACCCGGUCACUCGUACCACCAAAUGCGACCUUCACAGUCAUUUCACGGGUUUGCGCCGCCGUCUCCACAGCAUCAGCAUGGAUACGGUUAUCCGCCGUCGUCUUCGCCGGGAUACGGACACGGUGGUCCGCCGUCGCAACAGCCGCCAAAGAAGAGUAAACCAGGGAUUGGGCUUGGAACGGGAGCUGGGCUUUUUGGAGGAGCAUUGGGCGGGCUAUUACUCGGCGAUAUAGUGUCCGACAUUGGCUUUGAUUUUUGA